AUGGCCGGCUCCGAGGGGCUUGAGCCUCCCCCGGAGACCAACGUGGCCGACCCAGGGGCACGCCAGCUAUCUGAAUCCUCCGACGAAGACGACCGGUUUACAGACGCGCAGUCGGGCCCCGCGAGCCCCCGCGCCGGCUCCCCCAUACCCAAGACCAGGGUCGAAAAGGUCGACAACGAGCCGUCGCACGGCCAAGUCCCCGGCACCGAGGCCUACGAACAACGCGAGCAGGAUGCGCAGCCCGACGAGAUUGCCGUCGCGCUGGACGAGGAUGCCGCGACGCCACUGGCCACUACUAGCGCGGAAAUCCCGUUGACUUUGGUGCAAGAAGCUCCGGGCCCAGAGCCCAGCUCGCCCUCCCCGGAGGCAGAGGCUAAGCGCGCCGCCGACGCUGAACCAGACGUGACGCUCAAUGCGGACGGCGAGGUUCGGGGCAGCGGCGAGGACUUUGGGGACGAUUUUGACGAUUUCGAGGAGGGCGCCCAGGACGACGAUUUCGACGACUUUGAGGAUGGGUUCCAACAGGCUACCCCUCUGGCAUCAUCGGCUCAACAGCCGGAGUCUCACCCUCAGCCCUCUUCACUGCCACUCCCUAUGCCCGACUUCGACGGUCUCGGACCGGAUGACAUUAUCUCUUGCACAGAGCCCUACUUGGAUGCGCUUUUCCCCCCAGACGAAAUCGACUGUCCCACGCCACCACCGCUGCCCAAGGACCUCUCCAUCUUCAUGACACCUCGCGCCGCGCCCCUGUGGUCCCAGCUCGUGGCCCCCCCCCCGCUUGCCCCUCCCGACUGGAUCCGCUCCCGCACCCGCCGUUUAUUCCUCGUCUCGCUGGGCGUGCCCGUCGACCUCGACGAGAUCCUCCCCGCGUCGAAGCAGAAGAAGCUCAUCCUGCCUUCGCUGAGCAUCCCCGCCACCUCCCCCCGCACCUCGGGCGACUCGCGCUCAGCGUCGCGGUUGCGGCAGGGCGAGGGCAACGCCUCAUCGACGUCGCUAGACACGCAGGGAAAGGCCGCAGGUCCCAAGGGACGCAAGGGACCCCCGCCGCAGCCAGAGCUGGACUUGGUUGCUGCGCGAUACCUCUGCACCACCACGGACGAGGCCCUGAACGGGAUGACGACCGAGGAGCUCAAGGAUCACGUCACCAAGCUGGAAUCCAUGGAAGACGCGGCCAAGGAGCUGCUGGAGUACUGGCAAAAGCGGACGGAUGAAAAGAUAGGUGACCGCGAGGCAUUCGAAGGAGUCAUAGAAAACCUCGUCAAGCACGCCCGCAAAGUGCGGAAAUAG